AAUUUCUUUAGAAAACUCCUGUACAAAAAAUAAGUGAUUGGAGGUGGUGCAGUGCAGAUGAAGAUGUUAAUCCCCCUCCGAAUUUGCCCACUCCAUCUUUCCUCAACAACCCACAACCAGUGAAUGAGGUCAAGAACCCCUCACAACCUCCAGCAGCAGAGAGCAUGGGAGAAUGUAGUCCACCAGCCAUCGCUGAUCAAGAGAAUCAUGCAUCUUCACCUGAUCAAGAGAGUGUGUCAGUAUGUGACAUACAAACUGCUCAGCAGCGCCACCUAGAAGACAAUUGGGUUGAGGGUCAUGAAUUGUCAGAUGAACAGAGUGACAAAUUUGACCAAGUGGGGAAAGUCACAAAAGGAUCUGGAGCAGGAUUGGAUGUGCAAUCUGGAGCAGGGAAGGGGGUAAAAACAGGUGCAGGAGGAUCUGGAUCAUGGUUAAGAACAAUAUCUGAAGCAGAAGGAUCGGUAUCAGGCAUGGGAACAAAACAAGGAUCAAGUGGAUCUGGAUCAGGGCAGAAAGCAAAAUCUGGAACAGGAGGGUAUGGAGCAGGUCAGCGAGCAAAAUCUGGAGUAAGAGGAUCUGGAUUGGUGCUGGGAGCAAAAUCUGGAGUGGGAUUGGAUGCAGAAUCUGAACCAGGGAAGGGGGUAAAAACCGGUGCAGGAGGAUUUCAAGCAUUUUCAAGCAUGGGAACAAAACACAGAGCAAGGGGAUCUGGAUCAGGGCAGAGAGCAAAAUCAGGGGUAGGAGGAUUUGAAUCAGGGCUGGGAACUAAUUCAAGAGAAAGUGGAACUGGAUUGGGGCAGGGUACAAAAUCUGGAUUGAAUUUGGGGCAAAAAUCAGCAACAAAAGAAUCUGGAGCAGCGUCUGGAUCAGGACUGGGAACAAAAUUAAUAGCAGAAGGAUCCGGAACAGCAACUGGAACAGGACUGGGAACAAAAUCAGGAGCAGAAGGAUCUAGAGCAGCAUCUGGAACAGGACUGGGAACAACAUCUGGAACAGAAGGAUCUAGAGCAGCAUCUGGAUCAGGACUGGGAAAAACAUCUGGAACAGAAAAAUCUAGAUCAGCAUCUGGAUCAGGAUUGGGAACGACAUUUCGAGCAGAAGAAUCUAGUGCAGCAUCUGGAUCAGGAUUGGGAACAACAUCUGGAGCAGAAGGAUCUAGAGCAGCAUCUGGAUCAGGACUGGGGACAACAGAAGGAUCUGGAUCAGGACUGGAGUGCUGCCCAAUGUGUCUGAUGCCAUUUCCUGCAGGGUUCACCCAAAUGCAAUGUGAUGGUCAUCUUGCACAAUGUUUAUCAGAGAUGAAUGAAGAUAUUAUUUGGUGAUGAUGGAAUGAGGAAAUUCUGUUAUAUUAUUUUAGAUACUUGUGUUUUCCUUUAUGAGCUUGCAAAGUAUUACUUUAAUGUAGGGCUGCACGAUUAAUCGCAUGCGAUCGUCAUGCGUGUCUCUUUAGUGAAGCUGGUUCUGUGAUCAGUACUAAAUAUCCAACACCUGCUUUCAAAUGGAGCGGCACUUAAUAUACAGAUCCGUAGUUCGCUGACAAGCUACGCAAUAUCGCAUUUAUAACUGAAUGCGAUUC